AGGGGAAAGAGAGAGGGCGAGCUCCCAGCAGCGAGCCCUGACGACAGCAGGUGAUUUUUUUUUUUGCAGCGCUCUUUCUCUCAGCAUCUUUCCUGUAUUUUUUUUUUUUUUUUUCCUGCUGAGCGGCGGAAAAGGGUGGGGCCGCUUCCCUGCAGUAGAGACGGCGGCAGCAGCGGCUGCAGCAUCAUUGGGAGCAGCGGCGGCGGCGGCGGCGGCAGCAAUGCUCCGUCUCCGCUGGAGGUGAUCGCCUCCGAGCCCUGCUAGGUGGCCGGCUGCAACGGGACGCCGGCGGGAAGGAGAAUAGAGCUUCGUCCACGGACUCUGUAGCCACACUGCCCGGUCCUUCCUCUGCGCCAUGGCUUAAGCCCGCAGCCACCUCUCCUCGCGUCGCUUCGCUUGGCCGGGGUCUGCGGGCCGCCGCAGCCGCAGGGAGGGGCGCGUCCCAGACGCCUGAGCCUGGGGACUUGGGGACGCCGUGUCUCUUACCCUUCGGUGCCUGCAGCAGACUGCGCUCCCAAGACCUUUGCAGGCGGCUCCGGGAGGUGUUUGCAGCUGGUAAAAUCGAGGGACUUUAUAGAUUUUAUCUCAGUGAUAGCUUUGCCGGGCCGACCUUCCCGGGUGCUCUCUGAGGGAGGAGGGCGAGGUACUCAGGCCACCAAAGUAAAAACGGUGGGAAACAGAUCGGCUGGUCGAGGGCCAGGGGACUGAAGGAAGAUUAGAGACUUGCUUUAGAACCACAAAAAGAAAGAGCUAGCAGUUAGCAUCAUGGCGUGGCCGUGCAUCACACGGGCCUGCUGCAUUGCCCGUUUCUGGAACCAGCUGGACAAGGCGGAUAUCGCCGUGCCGCUGGUUUUCACCAAGUACUCGGAGGCCACAGAGCACCCGGGGGCCCCGCCGCAGCCGCCGCCGCCGCCGCAACAGCCGGCGCAGCCGGCGCACGCGCCCCCCUCGGCUCGCGCGGUCGCCAUAGAGACGCAGCCGGCCCAGGCCGAGCUGGAUGCAGUUGCCCGGGCAACAGGGCCGGCGCCCGGGCCUAGCGCCGAACGUGAGGCGGCGGCCGGCCGGGGCCGGAGCGGGCCGGGCCUGGGUCCGGUCUCCGGCUCCACCUCCGGCGCGGGGCCCGCGGACUCGGUGAUGCGGCAGGACUAUCGCGCCUGGAAGGUGCAGCGGCCCGAGCCGAGCUGCCGGCCGCGCAGCGAGUACCAGCCUUCCGACGCGCCCUUUGAGCGCGAGACCCAGUACCAGAAGGACUUCCGCGCCUGGCCGCUGCCGCGCCGCGGGGACCACCCGUGGAUCCCUAAGCCCGUGCAGAUCGCCACGUCCUCCCAGGCGCCGUCGGCGCCCAUUCUCGGGGCGCCCAAGCGCCGGCCGCAGAGCCAGGAGCGCUGGCCAAUGCCGGCCGCCGCUGAGGCCCCGGAGCAAGAGGCGGCCCCUGGCCGAGCUGGUGUUCUUGCGGCAGGAAAGGCGUCCGGUGGGGACGAGCGAGACACACGCAGGAAGCCCGGGCCCGCCUGGAUGCUGCGUCGCGCCGAGGGGCUGGGGCCCGAGCAGAUACCGCUGCCCGCAGCCCAGGCCCAGGUCCAGGCCGCGGGCCCUGAGGGUGGGCCCGCUGCUGAGGCCCCGGAGCAAGAGGCGGCCCCUGGCGGAGCAGGUGUCCUUGCGGCCGGGAAGGCGUCUGGUGGGGACGAGCGCGACACACGGAGGAAGCCCGGGCCCGCAUGGAUGCUGCGUCGCGCCGAGGGGCUGGGGCCCGAGCAGACACCGCUGCCCGCAGCCCAGGCCCAGGUCCAGGCCGCGGGUCCCGAGGGUGGGCCCGCCGCUGAGGCCCCGGAGCAAGAGGCGGCCCCUGGCGGAGCAGGUGGCCUUGCGGCCGGAAAGGCGUCCGGUGGGGACGAACGCGACACACGGAGGAAGCCCGGGCCCGCAUGGAUGCUGCGUCGCGCCGAGGGGCUGGGGCCCGAGCAGACACCGCUGCGCGCGGCCCAGGCCCAGGUCCAGGCCGCGGGCCCCGAGGGUGGCAAGGGGCGUGCAGUGGCGGACGCCCUCAACAGGCAAAUCCGCGAGGAGGUGACAAGUGCGGUGAGCAGCUCCUACAGGAAUGAAUUCAGAGCAUGGACGGACAUCAAGCCCGUGAAACCAAUAAAAGCCAAGCCCCAGUACAAGCCCCCAGACGAUAAGAUGGCUCACGAGACCAGCUACAGUGCCCAGUUCAAAGGGGAGGCCAAUAAGCCGACACCAGCUGACAAUAAGGUCAUUGAUCGCAGAAGAAUACGCAGCCUCUACAGCGAACCUUUCAAGGAACCCCCAAAGGUGGAGAAACCUAGCGUUCAGAGUUCCAAACCAAAAAAGACCUCAGCGAGCCACAAGCCCCCCAGGAAGGCCAAAGACAAGCAGGCGGCGUCGGGCCGGGCCUCCAAGAAGAAGAGCGCGGAGGGCGCCAGCGCCGCCCCGCCCGACAACAAGGAGCACAGUAAAGAGAUGAACAAUAAGCUGGCUGAGGCAAAAGAGAGCCUGGUCGAACCCACCGGUGAUUCCCGUAAGAUUCAAGGUCCUGUAGCCACAGAGCCAGACAAGGAUCAAGGUCCCGUGGGCCUGGGGCCUCUGAAAGAUCAAGGUCCUGUGAGCCAAGAGCUUCCAAAGGAUCAAGGCCCCACGGUCCCAGGGCCUCUGACAGAUCUAGGUCCCACGGUCCCUGCACCAGUUAAGGAUCAAGAUCACGUGGUCCCUGAGCCUUUACAGAAUGAAGGUUCUGUGAUCUCAGCGCCAGUCAGGGACCAAGGUUCCUUGGUCCCAGUGCUUCUAAAAGAUCAAAGUCCUAUGGUUCCAGCAAGAGUUGAAGAUCAAGGUUCCAUGGUGCCAGAGCCUCCAAAGGAUCAAGGUCCUGCGGUCCCAGCACCUGCCAAAGAUCAAAGCUCCAUGGUCCCUAAGCCUGUGGAUCAAGGUCCUUUGGUCCCAGAGCAUCUGAACGAUCAAAGUGCCAUGGUCAGAGCACCUGUAAAAGAUGAAGGCCCUGUGGUCUCUGAGCCUGUAAAAAGCCAAGGUUUAGUGGUCCCGGAGCCAGUCAAGGAUCAAGGUGGAGUGGUCCCAGAGCUUCUGAAGGAUCAUGAUUCUAUGGUUGUGGUACCUGUAAAGAGUCAAAGUCCUGUGGUCCCAGCACUAGUCAAGGAGCAAGGUCCCGUGGUUCCAGAGCCUCCAAAGAGUCAAGGUCCUGUGGUCCCAGCACUAGACAAGGAUCAAGGUCCCGUGGUCCCAACACUAGUCAAGGAUCAAGGUCCCGUGGUCCCAGAGCCUCCAAAGAGUCAAGGUCCUGUGGUCCCAGCACUAGUCAAGGAUCAAGGUCCCAUGGUCCCAGAGCCUCCAAAGAGUCAAGGUCCCGUGGUCCCAGGACUAGUCAAGGAUCAAGGUCCUGUAGUCCCAGAGCCUCCAAAGAGUCAAGGUCCUGUGGUCCCAGAACUAGUCAAGGAUCAAGGUCCUGUGGUCCCAGAGCCUCCAAAGAGUCAAGGUCCUGUGGUCCCAGGACUAGUCAAGGAUCAAGGUCCUGUAGUCCCAGAGCCUCCAAAGAGUCAAGGUCCUGUGGUCCCAGAACUAGUCAAGGAUCAAGGUCCUGUGGUCCCAGAGCCUCCAAAGAGUCAAGGUCCUGUGGUCCCAGGACUAGUCAAGGAUCAAGGUCCUGUGGUCCCAGAACCUCCAAAGAGUCAAGAUCCUGUGAUCCCAGCACUAGUGAAGGAUCAAGGUCCUGUGGUCCCAGGACUAGUCAAGGAUCAAGGUCCUGUGGUCCCAGAGCCUCCAAAGAGUCAAGAUCCUGUGGUCCCAGCACUAGUCAAGGAUCAAGGUCCCGUGGUCCCAGAGCCUCCAAAGAGUCAAGAUCCUGUGAUCCCAGCACUAGUCAAGGAUCAAGGUCCUGUGGUCCCUGAGCCUGUGAAGAAUCAAGUUCCUACCAUCCCGGUGCCUCUGAAAGAUCCUGAUCCUCUGGUGCCACCACCAGCAAAGGACCAAGGUCCUAUCCCCGAACCUCUGAAGACUCAAGGUCCCAGGGGCCCUCAGCUGCCCACUGUCUCACCUCCACCCCCAGUCAUGAUCCCAACUGCCCCCCAUGCGGAAUAUAUUGAGGGUUCUCCCUGAUUGAUGCUCACGCCUUGACAUGCCAAGGAAGGAGCCGGCAGGGAAAGUGCUCCUUCCCGGGGCAGCAAAGACACAUAUUUAAUCUGCAUGAAACAUGUACGGUAUAGUCUUGCUGGAAUCUAAUAAAACUGGUCCCUCUGGCUCA